UGUUCACUGGCGUGCCUAGGGUGACAACCUCCAUGCCGAUUCAGACCAUAUGUCCCUACUGUGGGAACCACAUCAUCACAGUGACAACCCCUGUCCCAGGCCUCCUCACCUGGCUUCUGUGCAGUGGCCUCUUUGUCUUUGGGUGCUUCCUGGGUUGCUGCCUCCUGCCCUUCUGCAUAUGGAGCCUCAUGGACGUGAGUCACUCCUGUCCCGUGUGCCAGCAGGAAAUCUUCUACUACCACAAACUGUGACCUGCACUAUAAACAGCAGUGGAG